AUGGUCAACAGUACCCGGAGUCCAGCCGCGGGCUCGGCCUCAUUGCGCACUCAUCGUCCCGGUGAACAUACAUCACGAGAGCGGGGUAUCGCGAACGAGGAAGACAGUGACAGUAUGGAAAUGUCCGAUGGGGAUGAACCUCAAGUAGACGAUCUCGAGGGACAGUCUAAAUCUGCUUCUUUAUCAGCACCUCCUCCUCCCCCACCACCACCUCCUCCGCCACCACCGCCGCCGCCACCACCUCUACAGGUGCCAUCAAUACGAAUCGAGUUGGAUUCGGGACCUCUUGACCCGUCUUCGGCCGAGACUGGUGAUCGAGAUUGGCGUCUUUUGAUCAACAAAACUCCAGUUCCGAACCCUAGCCAACCGUCUGAGGUUUCACGAUAUUCACCGACUUCUAACCCACCGGUCACCACAGCUGCAUCGGACAUGUCGAACUGGCCGCCGUCUGGUCCGCGUCCCGCACUUUAUCUCCCCUCUGCUAUUCCACAGUCAUCUCAUCCUUUCAAUUUGCCACCUGCAAUUUCGAUCCCCUUGCCACCACCUCCACCGGCAAUCUUAGCUUCGUUGACCAGCAUGGCAGCCCCACCGAAACCUCCUGUUAUCGUGCCCCCAGUGAUACCGAUAGUGGCUAAUGCCACUAUGCCAACUACUCAGGUACAACCAUGCCUACAGGCUGUGUCACAAAAUCCUACUGGCAAUUCUUUUCCUCCCCCACCUCCACCUCCACCACCUCCCCCUCCGCCACCGCCACCUCCACCAACGAUGACUUCGACAGUGUUAACUCGACCCACAUUCUCCACGAGUUCUGCUACCCCCCCGUUUUCAUCAUCAUCAUCGUCAUCAGCCUUCUUGCGCAUGCCUUCACCGUUUCCCUCUCACUCGACAACGAUACCAUCGUCCAAACCAGAUGAACUAGUCAUACCCUCCCCAACUCCACCCGCAACUACACUUUCACCAACGCCAUUGACCGCGUCGACUACUGUAUUGAAUGCUCCAGCGUUGACCUCGAUUACCAGUGUCACAGAGCCCGUCCAAUCCAUACGUUCCCCGACAGUACCCUCACAACCAAAACAACCAAAUAUAUUGGAUCGUCUACUUCGAGCUGUUGAUGGCGGUUUCGGGACACUAACCUCGUCUUCCUCCGCAACCACAACAUCUCUGCCGACAGAGACCGUGUCUACGGAGCGUGUCACGGAGGAUCCAUUUGCAAUCAUUUCACGCCUCACGGGUCUUUCGAAUUUGAUGAAGGGCAUAGGCACCAAGCCUGGAAAGCCGGCCAGUCUGUCAAACUCUGUUCCCUCAAAGGACUCCAGUGAUUCUGGAAGGCAGUCGGAGAUGGCGAACAUGAAGCGGCCACUAGCAGCUCCAGACACAGAUCUUCGUGCUCCAAUGGAUUCCCUGCACAGUUCACCGAAACAGCCUAGUCGUGAGUCAAGUGAAGUGGACGAAACCCGAACCGUUGAUCGUCGUCCUUCUGUCACAUCUGCAACUGACAGAAACGAUUACGAGCCACCUAUAAAAUUGCUCAAACCUAGUCAUUCAGACCAUUCCCCACUCUGUUCGCAACCGGACGACGUCGAGGUGAUCGAGUCACUCACACAAGAUCCGGAACCCGAUACCGGGCACGAUUCUGAUUCUUCUGCAUCCGCCGCGGGUGGGGAGACGCCAACACAGGACGAGCAUGAUGGUAAUCAGCCGUUGGGAACGGUUUUUUCUGCCUCUGCCACGGAGUUCGCGGGUUUUCUGCUCCCUGGUAACGGAGUCGCAACCUCGCUGUUUGAGAACGCAAUUGGCACGGAUGCAAAUUCUGUUUCGAACCAGGUGGUGCAUUUUCCCGGCUUAGUUCAACCGUCUACCGAUUCGUCAUUUCACAAACAAUCGGUGUCGUUGACCGGUGGGCAACAGCGCGCUCAUUUGGCCAAUGCAUCAUCAUCUGCAGCAGACUCCACUGCUGUCGAAUCUCACAAGUGGCUUGGCUCAAGUGGAAUAAAUCCGGUAGAUCCAUUGACGUUCCAGCUAUCCGGCGGUCCAUCCGGGUUCAUUCGUCCGGCCGGUGCACAACUUACUGUUCCAUCCACUUUGAACAGUGCCAUCUUGUUGAAUCUGACCGGUGGUCAGUCCCGUAUGCCGUUCGGUCCAAUUGGAAAUGUAACUGUCCCCCAGGGAUUGAUGAGCAAUACGCAAUCAUGGAAUCCACUGGUUGCAAACAAUGUGACACCAUUGAUUUCUACACGACCGUUGUUAAAUUUAGGCACUGGUGCACCUCCACCAACAUUACCACCAAAUUUUGUUCAACUAUUGGCCUCAUCCACUGCAGCAGCCGGUGCGAAUCCGGUAUCACAACGUCAACCACACCCCAAAUGA